AAGUGAAUAGCUAGUGUUUAUGUGAUAAAAGUCAUCGGGAGCAUGUUGAAAACGGGAUAGUGUUGGGCACAACAAACGUUUUAGGAAAUGAUGAAGCACUUUUCAAGCAUGCGGUGUGAUAUGUAACAGCAAGAGAAAGAUGCGUUGUGGACUGUUGUGGUAAAAUAGAAAUUGUUAUAUGUGAUGAACAACAAAGUAGAUGUGCCGUAAGAUUUCAGUCUAAUAGCGAUAUUUAUUAGUCAACAUGUAUUUUCAAGGAAAAUUAUCAGAAGUUGUCGGCCGGUGUAGGCAUUUAGACAGAAAUUAUGCAUUCAUUAUGCAGGCUGUAAGAUCGAAAUUGUCAUGCAACACACAUUUUCUGUGUAGUUACUCCACAGGCAUGCAACAGCCUGUUCGUUUCGUAGUAAUUUCGCCCAGAAUUCCGCAGUCAUCAAAAUUAACUGUAAAAUUUCGAAACAUUUUCUCGAAUUCUGUUCGAUAUAAAUCAGUAUUGCAGUCAAGAAAAAGCAAACUAGUAUCAAGAACCAAACAGGAACAGACAAGUUCCUUUGUAAUGCCAAAAGCAUCUGAAUUGAAAAGAUUGUUGUCUCUGGCAAAACCUGAACGGUGGACAUUAGCCGGUGCCAUAUGUCUCCUUGCCAUCUCAAGCACAAUAACAAUGGCAGUACCUUUCUGCUUGGGGAAAGUUAUUGACGUAAUAUACAGCAAAGAUUCAGACCCACAGCAAUCAACAGAGAAUCUCAAGAGGAUGUCAUUAAUGUUGCUAGGGGUGUUUCUGAUUGGUGGUCUCUGCAACUUUGGCCGUGUGUACCUAAUGGCAGUAUCAGGGUACCGCAUAACGCAAGCUCUGCGCCAACGGGUGUUUGGCUCGAUAGUGAAACAGGAAGUUGCCUUCUUCGACCGUAACAAGACAGGGGAGCUGAUCAACCGGCUCUCAUCUGACACAUCUGUUGUAAGCCAGGCAGUCACUUCCAAUGUGUCAGAUGGACUGCGCUCCACAGCUAUGGCUACUGCAGGUGUUUCUAUGAUGUUCUACAUGUCACCCCAGCUGGCACUUGUUGGCCUUGCAAUUGUACCCCCUCUGGCUGGUGUUGCCAUUGUUUAUGGGAGAUUUGUGAGGCAGAUCACCAAGGCAGUGCAGGACUCUCUGGCAUCUGCAAACCAAGUGGCAGAGGAGCGCAUCAGUGGCAUCCGCACGGUGAAGGCAUUCAGCCAGGAGGAGAGGGAGUGCGAGUCAUACAGCGAGAAGCUGCACCGUGUCCUGCAGCUUGCCUACCGUGAAUCCUUUGUGAGGGGGAUCUUCUUUGGACUGACUGGACUUUCCGGCAACGUGAUUAUCCUCUCCGUGCUGUACUAUGGAGGGGUGAUGGUCGGCCAGAGUGCCCUCUCCGUCGGCGAGCUGUCGGCAUUUCUGCUGUACGCUGCCUACACGGCCAUCUCUCUUGGGGGCCUCACGAGCUUCUACUCGGAGCUCAGCCGUGGCCUCGGCGCCAGCACACGGCUCUGGGAGAUUGUGGACAGGCAGCCUGCAAUCCCAGUUAGAGGUGGUCUGACUCCAGCGGCAGCCCCAGUCGGGAAUAUCGUGUUCCAGGAUGUCCAUUUCUGCUACCCCGUGCGUCGAGAGAGUCCCGGCGUGUUCCGGGGGCUCAGCCUGAAAGUGCCCGCCGGCCAGAUCACGGCACUGGUUGGGGCGAGUGGCUCGGGCAAGAGCACAAUCGCUUCACUGUUGUUACGGCUAUAUGACCCCGAUGGUGGAUGCAUUCUGCUCGACGGCGAGGACACCCACCACCUGGAUCCUCAGUGGCUGCGUUCUCAUAUAGGCACUGUCAGUCAGGAACCAGUCCUAUUCUCGUGCAGUGUCAGGGAGAACAUUCUGUACGGUGCAAAUGACCCUGCUUCAGUGACGGAGGACCAGUUGAAGUGGGCUGCCCAGGAAGCCAAUGCACUCACCUUCAUCCAGAAGCAGCUGCCCGAAGGCUUCGACACACCAGUUGGAGAGCGUGGAGUGGCUCUCUCGGGCGGACAGAAGCAGCGUGUGGCUAUUGCCCGCGCACUCAUCAAGAAUCCUCGAAUCUUGGUGCUAGAUGAGGCAACAAGUGCUCUAGAUGCUGAAAGCGAACACCUGGUGCAGGAAGCAUUGGAGCGAGUCAUGAAGGGGCGCACAGUCCUCACCAUAGCACACCGGCUGUCCACCAUCAGGAAUGCAGAUCAAAUUGCUGUCCUGGAUCAAGGGAAGAUCAUUGAACAGGGAAGCUACGAGGAACUGAUGGCACUAGAUGUAGGUGCAUUUAGGAAGCUAGUACAACACCAGACAUUUGCCAGCUGAUCAUGAGUGAAGUGUGACAAAUAUAUCUAUGUUUUUUACUGUGCACUAUUACUUUUGGUAAAGAUCUGUAUCUGUUGUCCUCACUUAGGAGUGAAGUGUUGCCCAAAACAACAGACCAUUUGCUGAAUGUUACAUUUACAAAAAUAUUCAUACAUGAAUAAGAAAUCUAUGAUAAUUUUACAGGUGCACAAAUGAUCAAUUGGAAGUAAUAAUGUUGUACACAGGUAUACACCAUACCUGUCACAAUAUAGAGGAUAUUUGUGACUAUUUUUAUAAUAGUGAACUUUGUACAAAUCUGCCUUUUAUAAACAUGACAGAGUAGUAAGUUAUUUAAAUUGUGACUGGCUUGUAAAGUUAAAAAUAGUAUUUGACAUUCAGGUUGUCACAGUUGAAUAUAAAAGGUUUGAAGCUCGUCUGAUAUGGGCUUUUAGAAGUGUACCUUUUGCUACGUCUGUGGUAUUUUUGUAUUUAUGGUUUUAAAUAUGAGACUUCUUUAUUUUUGUUAUUGUUUUGAAAAU